UCGUGACGUAACUCCAGUAUACAUCUGACUUUAUUAGACAUGCGCCUCAAAGUAUGAAUGCACCGCCGCACACUGACAUCGGAGCCGCUAUAGAAAGAGACCUUGUACCGGCGCGAUAAAGUUCGUUCUAAAGGGAUGCGAGCAAAGUCAAGCGGCGUCUGUGGCCGGAGACCACCGGAACUUUUCCUGUUGCGUGGCAAAGGGUAGACAUUUUUUUCUUUUUUUACUUCAAUUGACAGUAGCGCUAGCUAGCCUGCUAACGUUAGCCACUUGAGAAGACGUUUGAUUUGAAAGGCUCGUACAUGAGCACUAUGGCCACCCGGCUUUCAGACCUUUUUGGCAACAGCCGCAUCGUGGCAGGGCUGCUGGCUAACUUGCUGUCAUCUAUAUGCAUCGUCUUCAUCAACAAAUGGAUCUAUGUUCACUACGGAUUCCCCAACAUCACUCUGACGCUGAUACACUUCUUGAUGACAUGGCUUGGCUUGUAUGUGUGUCAGAAAAUGGACAUUUUCUCCCCAAAGAGUCUUCAGCCUACUAAGAUCAUCUGGUUGGCUCUAAGUUUCUGCGGUUUCGUCGCCUUCACUAACCUGUCACUCCAGAACAAUACCAUAGGGACAUACCAGUUGGCUAAAGCCAUGACAACGCCGGUCAUUAUUGUCAUACAGACACUGUACUACAGGAAAACCUUCUCCACCAAGAUCAAGUUAACGGUGGUUCCAAUCACGUUAGGCGUGAUUCUCAACUCGUACUACGAUGUCCGGUUCAACCUCCUCGGCAUGGUGUUCGCCACGCUGGGCGUGUUUGUAACGUCUCUCUACCAGGUGUGGGUGGGAUCUAAGCAGCAGGAGCUGCAGGUGAACUCCAUGCAGCUGUUGUACUACCAGGCUCCCAUGUCCUCUGGCUUCCUCCUGCUGCUGGUGCCCUGCUUGGAGCCCCUCUCUGGGGAGCACGGCAUCUUCAGCCCCUGGUCCCUCCCGGCCCUGUUCAUGGUGCUUCUGUCUGGAUCCGUAGCCUUCCUGGUGAACCUGUCUAUCUACUGGAUCAUCGGUAACACAUCUGCAGUCACAUACAACAUGUUUGGCCAUUUCAAGUUCUGCAUCACGCUGCUGGGGGGCUACGUGUUGUUCCAGGACCCCCUGUCCCUGCACCAGGGUCUGGGCAUCGGGUGCACCCUGACGGGCAUCCUGGCAUACACACACUUCAAACUGGCCGAGCAGGAGGAGGGCAAGAGCCGGCUGGCCCAGCGGCCAUAGGCUGGCCGGACUGCCAAUCAUCCAGGACGGGCCCUCUCAUUGGUGGCUUGAUGUGGCCUGUGUGGUCCUAUGCUUCUUCUGAUUGGAGGGAGGGAGGGGGGGGGCAGGAUGGA